GUGAGGGGGGUGAGGGUUGAGUUUCCCUUUAGGCCGUAUGGCUCUCAGGUGAGGCUCCUCGAAGCUCUCAUCGAUGCUCUCAGCGCUCCUGGACGCCAUGCGCUCCUCGAGAGCCCCACAGGGACAGGAAAGACCCUGUGCCUCCUCUGCGGAGUUCUCGGGUGGAAGAACUCAAGCAAGGUGUCGAGCCAGAGCUCCUUGCCGCCUGAGCUUGCGUCCCUCCCGCCUUCCAUGCAUCCCCUCCCGUCCUCUCCGGGGUCGAGCCGCCUGGUCUACAUGUCUCGCACGCAUGGUCAGUUGACACAGGUCGUGCGAGAGCUGCGUGCGUCCUCCUACAAGCCGCGUAUGGCGGUGCUGGGAUCGCGCCAGCAGCUCUGCAUACAUCCUGAGGUAUCGAAGCUGCGAGGAAGUGCGCAGAACGCUGCAUGCUCGAAACUGGUUGGGGCACAAGCUUGCGGGUACUAUAGGAACGUAAUGGACCACAAGCACGAGAGGAAGGAAGUCGUGGAGGAGCUUAUGGACAUCGAGGACUUGUGCAAGCAUGGCACCACGCACAAGGUCUGCCCCUACUACUUGUCUCGCGACCUCUCGUCAGAUGCCGAAGUUGUCUUCAUGCCGUACAACUACCUGACUGAUCCAGCGUCCCGCAAGUCCUUGCUGCACUUGUGGAAGGACAGCAUCGUGGUGAUCGACGAGGCUCACAACAUGGAGACGAUCUGCUCGGACGCUGCUUCCUUCGACAUCUGCUCCAGCGACAUCGCCAUCUGCGUGAGCGAGAUCGACCGCUGCAUUGCCAUGCGCGAGAACCCGAUGGAGAUGAGCUUCGCUGACCCGCCCUCCGUGAGUGAGCUCGAGAUUCUCAAGCACAUCCUCCUCGCGUUCGAGAAGCAGCUGGACACCAUCGAGCUGUUGGGAUCUCCUCCCUCAGCCACUCGACGCGGUGAGUUCAUCUUCGAGGUGUUCAACUCUGCUGGGGUCAACAUGACCAACGCUCCCGAGCUCUGCCUCAUGCUCGGCAGAGCAGUAAGCAUGCUGUUGGAGGUGCAGGGGUCGGCGAUGACGACGAACCCAGCUCUCAAGUCGUUUGCGGAUGCUGUCGAGAUCGUCUUCAAGCCCUCUGAUCUCCAGAACGUCUCCAGGCUGUACCGGGUGUUCGUGAGCGACGAGCCAGAAAACAAGAAAGUUUCCAAGGCCGAGAGGAACAGCCUGGCCUCCUUCUUUCCCGCAGCAAGAGCGAGACGAGGUCGCUCGCUGGGCUACUGGUGCUUCAGCGCUGGGGUGACGAUGCGGGACAUCCUUCAGCAGGGCGUCAGAAACAUCGUGCUGGCAAGUGGAACUCUGUCGCCCAUGUCUUCAUGGUCGAUCGAGAUGGAGAUGAAGUUUGAGGUGGUACUGGAGAAUGAGCACGUGAUCUCUGACGAGCAGAUCUUCGCUGCGGUGCUGAGACGAGGGCCUCGAGGGACAGUCUUGAACAGCAGCUACCGCAACAAGGACAACAAAGAGAUGAUCCAUGACCUGGGGAAUGUGAUUGUAAAUACGUGCAGGAUCGUGCCGGAUGGGCUUCUGGUGUUCUUUCCCUCCUACAGCGCUCUCACCAACACCAUCCAAGAGUGGCAGAACGUCGGCAUCUGGGACAGGAUAGCUCGCCACAAGCACGUCUUCGUGGAGCCCAGGGAGAGCGCGAACUUCAAGGCCACAGUGACGGCGUACACCGAGCAGGUUGACAAGCAGGGGAGCGUCGGGGCGAUCCUGAUGGCAGUGUGUAGGGGGAAGAUGAGCGAGGGGAUCGACUUCGCUGACCGUCACGGCCGGGCCGUCAUCAUCACGGGCCUCCCGUUCCCUGCGCUGCUGGACCCCAGAGUCGUGCUCAAGCGAUCCUACAUGGACGAGGUGGCGGGGAGGCAGCCCAAGGACUCGAGCACGACGGUGAACGGGGAGAAGUGGUACAUGCAGCAAGCGGCGCGGGCGGUCAACCAGGCCAUCGGGCGAGUGAUCCGGCACAAGGAAGACUUCGGUGCGAUCCUGCUGUGCGAUGAGAGGUUUGCGGGUUGGACGAGGCAGCCGCUGCUGUCGCGGUGGGUGCAGGGGAGGAUCGAAGUGAAGGACGAGUUCGGCCCCGUCACUCAGCAACUCGCCAACUUCUUCCAGAAGCACAAG